AUGAACCAUCGAGUUGACGAUCGACCGGCGGUGGGCGUUCUGGCGGCGUGGGGGCGGUUGCCGAUUGUUGUCGCCGAGUCGAUGCGCGACGCCGGUUACCGAGUGGUGUGCCUGGGCGUGCGGCAUCACGCCGUGAAGGCCGACUACGACGGGAUCGCCGACGCGUUCCACUGGAUUGGACCCAGCCAGCUCGGUACGGCGAUUCGAUUGUUCCGCCGUUACGGCGUCGAACGCGCGACGAUGGCGGGCAAGUUCCACAAGGUGACGCUCUAUCAGCCGGGCGCAUUGAUUCGCUACUUGCCCGAUUGGACCGGGGCGAAGGCUUUCUACUCACACUUCGUCGGCCACAGCGCCGACCGCAAGGACGACACGUUACUCGGCCGCAUCGUCGAGGUAUUCGCCACGGGAGGCGUCACGAUGGAACCCGCCACGGAUUUCGCCCCGGGACUGCUGGUUGAAGAGGGCCUCAUGGGCCGCCUCGAUGUGGGGCAGAGCGUCUGCGUAAAGGGCCGUGCGGCCAUCGCGAUCGAGGCGAUCGAGGGGACCGAUCUCUGCAUCCGCCGGGCCGGCGAGUUGUGCCGCGGCGGCGGUUUCACCGUGGUGAAGGUCGCUAAGCCCAACCAGGACAUGCGGUUCGACGUGCCGACGGUGGGGGUUCAGACGCUUCAGAGCAUGAAAGAGGCCGGCGCCAGGGUCCUGGCGAUCGAGGCGGGCCUGACGAUCCUCCUCGACCCAGCGGAGUUCCGGGCUUACGCCGACCGCCACCGUCUGACCGUGGUGGCCCAGCGUCGCGGAGCCGCGGCGGUCGCUGCGUGA